AUGAGCUCGUCUUCGCUACGGUCUAUCCGAAUCGGCGAUGCAGGGUCGAUAGAGCCUCUAUACCAGGUUAAACUGUUGUCAGCACUUCGGAGCGGCGACCCAGCUUUAAUACACCCUUUCCUGGCGGAAAUAGCCCGGGACAGACGCAAAUCUGAGGAAGGGGACGUUGACGUCGGAGCAGCGGCGCUACACUUGGCCAUCCGAUGCGCGAGCUGUGAUACGGUUGCUUUGCUCUUGUCGCAUCGUUCCAUAUCCCCGAAUGCCGUACACCCACCGGGAUCUGGUACCACCGCCCUUCAUCUCGCCGCCUCGCUGGGCCGGGCGGACGUCGUUAAGCUAUUGCUAGAACAGGAUGGAAUAGACGAUACCCUCAGGGAUAGCCAUGGACGAAGCUGCUUGGACGUGGCCAAGGGGAAGGAGGUCAUUAGAGCUAUACAAGACUCGCGCUCUUUUCUCAACGCCCAGUAUCUGUCUCUCCUCCGUUCCUAUAUCUACUCACCUCCACCGGAACGACCACCUCGGGCGCUUAUAGCCCUACUUGAAUCCCCGCGAGCCAAGCUCAUCGAUCUCUCACAUAUCGAGGAGAGUUCUGGAACGACCCUGUUGCAUGAAGCUGCGAGGAGGAAGGACCUGAGAUUAGUCGAAUUGGCUGUUCGUGCUGGCGCGGAUGUGUUUGCGCGAGAUCGGAAAGGACACCCAGUUGGGCACGGUCUACCCAAGGACGAUAAAGUUCGGGUAUUUCUUAGACAAUUCACCAACCAUGACACGACCCUGCUUGACGUACCUUCCACAGAGCCCCCGACAUUGAAAGGCUACCUCAACAAGUACACAAACGUUGCCCGGGGCUAUAAUACACGUUGGUUCGUGCUCAAGGACGGUGUAUUAUCAUACUAUCGCCACCAGGGAGACGAAAAUAUCGCGAGCCGCGGCUCCAUCGCUAUGAAGAACGCGGUGCUCAAGAUCGCACCGGGCGGUGAGCACCUCCGGUUCGAAGUCCACAGCAUUCCUCCGCGUGGGCACUCGGGCCAGCAGAAGUGGUACCUCAGAGCGAACCACCCUGUGGAAGCCGCGCGAUGGACCCAGGCAAUUGGCAAGAGCAUCGAGUGGGCGAAGAAGCACGUUGCGGAGGACGAGGGCCGGCGGAGCAUCGAGAGUGAAGUUGGGCUUGCGAGCAUCAGCCGGGGCAGCGCGAGUAGCCUCAAGGUGUCGGCGUAUGCGACGGUGCGGACGCGUCGCGUGGAGGGGAGUGGUGGGGAAUCUGCGGCAAGUUCGGCGGCGGAGGAUAAUGGCGGACCGCCCAGCUACACGGAGGAAAGUCAUCCUGGCGCGGGUUACGAAACGGGCAACGAAGAAGAGGAGAACGACGAUUCUUCCGCUGCCGAGUCCACGAACCGCGUGCCGCCUCAUGAAGCACAGUUCGAGCUCCAGGGGAACUCCGUCGCUGCUCAGAUGGAUUUGACUGCUCAGCUAUUGUCAAAGCUGUCGACGUCGUCGGAGCCGGAGCUGAAACGCGCGCUAAAGGAGUCAGUUUCUACGGUACAGGGCAUGAUUAACGACUAUAUGCAAAUGGUCCGGGACCGAGACGAAUGGUGGAAAGCCAGAUUGGAGAGGGAGAGGAAGAGGCAGGAUGUAUGGGAAGAGUCGCUCAAGGCUGUGGUGAGGGAAGGCGAGCUGCUGGAAAAUGAGCUCAGGAACAGAUCAAGGCGCAAGAGUCGAUUACUCGAUCCCAAUUCCGUAAGCGAUGGGAUGGGCACGGUGAAGCAGAGACCGUCAUCUUUGGCCCUCACUUCCCCUCCUCCAGGAUCAGUAUCCUCGACCACUGCCCAGUCUCUAUUUGCUUCUGCGGUUGACUCGCUGGCGGAGUCCGAGGCCCCGGUAGCACUUGCUUCUCCACCUGCCGCACCCGGUACGUCGUCUACUAUACGACUUCAGGACCACCGGCAGUACCCGUUGUCUGUCGUGCCGUCACCAGGUGUUCCUGAAUCGGAAGUGGAUACAGAUGAGGAAGACGAGUUCUUCGACGCGAUAGAAUCAAAUGCUUUGCCUAAUCUUGUAGUCAGUCAAUCCCUUACACAGGGACACCCUCCAACUCCUUUGCCUUCCUACUUCAACACGGAUCAAUACGCCGGGUAUCGACAGCUGAGGGAUCGACUGCCAAUCGACGCAGAUAACAGACCGUCCACCAGUCUUUGGGCCGUCCUCAAGCAUAGUAUUGGCAAGGAUCUCACGAAGAUCAGUUUCCCAGUUUUUUUCAAUGAGCCGACCAGUAUGUUGCAACGGAUGGCGGAAGACAUGGAGUUCUCCGAAUGCUUGGAUGCUGCCUCGGCAGAACCAGACCCGCAUCGCAGGAUCGCGUACGUCGCGGCCUUUGCUAUGUCCAACUAUUCAUCAACCAUUGGGCGAAUAGCGAAGCCGUUCAAUCCAAUGCUGAGCGAAACCUUUGAAUAUGUCAGAUUGGAUAAGGAGUACCGCUACGUGUCAGAACAAGUUAGCCAUCAUCCGCCUAUCUCUGCUUGCUGGGCAGAAAGCCCAUCGUGGAAUUAUUAUGGCGAGGUCGACGCUCAGAACAAGUUCAUGGGCAAAUCAUUUGAGAUUCGACCAACGGGGAUCGCGCAUGCCGACAUCGUUAUCCCGGAGGAAUGGGGACCUGGGUAUCCAAGAGCUAUGUCCCCCGUACGGGCGGGGAAGGUGGUGGAACACUUCUCCUGGAAGAAAGUUACUACCAGUGUUUCUGGCUUCAUACUAGGCCAACCGACUAUCGAUCACUACGGAGAUAUGAUUAUCACGAAUCACAGAACCGGAGAUCAAUGCGUCUUAACCUUUAAGCCUAGAGGAUGGCGAGGGAGAGACGCUUUCGAAAUCUCUGGCUACGUGAUGGGGUCGGACGGCAACGUGACCUACGAAAUUGCUGGUCGGUGGAACAGUCAAUUGGUGGCUCGCCGUGUGGGAACAGGGAUCGGGUCCCUGCAUCCAGACGUCUCGGUCAACGGGCCUUCCUCGCCUACGUCAAAACCGGAGUACAUCCUGCUUUGGCGUAACUCAGAGAAGCCACCUGCACCAUUCAAUUUGACGCCAUUUGCCAUAACUCUGAAUGAUUGCCCUCCCACACUUCGACCCUUCAUUUGCACUACGGACUGUAGGCUCCGGCCGGAUCAGCGUGCCUUCGAAAUGGGCAAAUAUGAAAGGGCUAAUGAGCUCAAGAACAAGCAGGAGGAGUUCCAAAGGGCGACGAGAAAGGCAAGAGAGGAGGGCAGAUUGCCUCCACAUCGGCCCAGGUGGUUCAGUGCCGAGACGGACGCGGAUACCGGUGAAAGGGUCUGGGCACCCAGUCGGAUCGGUAACGCGGUCGAAUAUUGGCUUGAAAGAGAACGUGUGUGGAAGGAGGGAGGCAAUGUUCCCUGGAAGGAAGUAGAGAAGAUAUUCAUCGACGAUGAACCGUAAGAAGAUGUACUUCUAAUUGUACAUAGACCAUGUUGUAUUGCGACAG